AUGGGCGUACAUUUUGACGAUAAUGCUAAUACAACUUGGGAAGCUGCAGAUACUAUUCCUUUGAGUGAUUCCGAGGGACAUCGUCAUGGAACUGAGUCUAUACGGUUGCAGGACUUUUCGAACGCAGAUGUGGAAAGUAUGCUUGAGAAUGAAGAGGGCGAAAACAAUAGGUCAGAAUGGCUUCUUUUGAAGAGGAAAAACCCCAUACAAAAAUUCAUUGAAAGAGUUUGGAAUGGCCCUGUUGAACCUAGUGACGAACCACCUAAGUUUCCCAAUCGGUGGAACUGGCUGAAGAAGAUAGAUGAUUUUCCACGAACUUCAUUCAAAUAUAAGGUGCCGAGCAAUUUUGUACGGUUAUUACUGCUAAUUGCAUACUUCUGCUUUUGGAUGCGUAUUUUUUAUUUCCUCAUAUACCCCUAUCUCAUAAAGCCACCUUAUUUUCAUCCAAAUGAUGGCUCCGAAAAGAUUCCCAUCUUGUCUCUAAGUUGCAAUUCCUAUUUAAACUGGGAAGGCACCAAUAACGAUUGCGGCCUUAAUGCCCAAAACUGCGGGCCAUUUUAUGAUAAAGAAUACUUUAUUAGAUGCCCAGCACUAUGUGAUAGAGGUGGGUGGACAUACUCGGCUAUUGCCGUUGGGAACAGAAGAGUCAAGUAUACGGGAUAUGAAAUUGGCGGAGGUGCCUUGUUUAGUGAAGAAGAUCCAAUGGCUGUGUCCUAUCCUUAUAGAAGUGACUCCUUUCCAUGUGCAUCCGCGGUGCAUGCAGGUGUUAUUUCUCCAUUCUAUGGCGGCUGCACUAAAGUUUCAAUGCAAGGAGCUCAGAAUUCUUUCCCAUCAAGAAAGGGGAUGUAUAAUACUGGCUUUUCAGUGGCGUUUAGUUCUUUCUUUCCUGGUUCGUAUUCAUUUAGGGAUAUCCAGAAUGGUAUAUUGUCCGGCUGUUACGACCCACGAGCAGCUGUGGUGGUAUUGAAUAUCCUUUUUGGGCUACCCAUAUUUUAUUUGUAUGAUAGUAUUUACGGGUACUGGAUAAACACAAUAGUAGGCUAUUGGACACUUGUAUUAUCUCUAGACCCGCCUUUAUUAACGGAUGCGCACGAUCCAGCGAGUGUGUAUGAGCUUUUCAGCGUAGGUUUCCAACGACUUUUACCUUUGUGUUUUGUUCUAUAUGUUGUUUGGAAGAGCGCCGUGAAGAGGACACUAGAAAAUGGAUCUCCCUUAGCAAAAGUGAUUCUAUGGUACCCCACAUUCUGGCUAGGCAUCUCGAAUAAUGUCACUUUUGACCGAUUGCCUGUUGACAGGCUUACUGCCGAGGAUUUGAAGCAACAAGCCGGAGCAUUGACCGCUGUCGGUUCUAUUGCCGCUACAAUUCUCACAUGUGCAAUUGUACAGGCCUAUUCACUUUGGAAAUCGGGGAGAUUCAAAAAGUUUUUCAAAAUAUAUAUAUGUUUUAUUGGUGGAUUGGUAGCGUUGGGAUCUUUGCCAGGACUGAAUUUGAGGAUACAUCAUUACAUUUUGGGUUCCAUAUUAGUUCCAGGAUGCGCGACCAGAGGUUCAUCAGCAUAUUUGUUUCAAGGUAUUUUAGUUGGAUUAAUCCUAUCUGGUGUAGCAAGAUGGGAUUUUGCAAGUAUAGUCGAGACAGAUACGGCCCUGUUAAGAGGGGAGGCAGGUGCCUCCUUGAAGCCACCCAUAGUAGAAUUCAACCGUAAUCAAAAUCACUCUCUGUCAUGGCACUUAAAUGCAACUGAUCCAGUAAUUGACCAAACAGGGAAUAUAGAUGGAUUUUCAUUACUUUUGAAUGACGUGGAGGUGUAUGUAGGCAAAAACGACACAGUCAGUAUCGACACUCUUCGGAUGGAAAAUCCAGAACUCACCAGAAUGAUGAACGAUGCUCUUGAUGCCUCCAACGGAACGAUAGACUUGUAUUUGAGGGUGGCUCGCGCUUCUGUACGAUCUUCAACAAACAGGGGCGACUACACGAAUGCCGGAGUAUUACAAUGGCCAGAUGGUAUAUGGCAGAAGCCAGAGCCUGGCGUUUCCUAA